CGGGUGGAGACAUUGGGGCAAGAACAGCGGAGGAGAUGAUGGAUAUUUUUGAGGCGUUGAGCUCUAGCUCGUCUCAAAAGAGCAGUCGGGGAAAGAGGGCAGUGGUAAAUGAAGUAUCUUCGGGGCGAGACAUGAUGGCCCAUCAGAUUGCCGAGCUUACGGAACAAAUGCGGUUGAUGAAUGCUCGGACAAUGCAACCAGCCCAGACUAUGGCAGUGGACACGUGCGGGGCGUUUGGUGAUGUGUGCAUUCAAACUGAUAUUGGGUGCACAAUAACACUGAAGGAUGUGCGACAUGUACCGGACUUACGUCUGAAUCUGAUCUCUGUGCAUGCAUUGCAUCUAGCAGGCUAUACUAACAAUUUUGGUAACGGCACGUGGAGGCUUACCAAAGGAUCGUUGUUAGCUGCUAGAGGUACAGUGAGAUCUACACUGUACAGAACUCAAUUGAAAGAAAAUGUGUUGGAGAUGGUGUAUUCUGAUGUAUGUGGACCCAUGGAAGUGGAGAGUCUCGGUGGUAGCAGAUAUUUCGUGACAUUUAUUGAUGAUGCUUCACGAAAAUUGUGGGUGUAUUUAUUGAGAACGAAGGGUGAAGUUUUUCAAUACUUCAAAAGGUUUCAUGCUAUGGUGGAAAGACAGGCUGGUAAACCUUUGAAGUGUCUUCGCUCAGACAAUGGGAGGGAGUAUACUUCCCAUGAAUUCAAGAAUUAUUGUGCCGAGCAUGGCAUCAGGCAUGAGAAGACUGUACCUGGAACCCCACAGCAUAAUGAUGUGGCUGAAAGAAUCAACAGAACCAUUAUGGAGAAAGUGAGGUGUAUGUUAAGAAUGGCUAAGCUACCUAAGCCAUUCUGGGGUGAAGCUGUUCUAACGGCGUGCUACCUGAUCAACCGAUCUCCAUCU